GCUCAGUUAGCUCUGCUGUAACUUCUCCACAGAGGAAUCUCCCACCUCGCAGCAGCAGCAGUCAUGGAUGAAAUGGAGGAAGAGUUAAAAUGCCCCGUUUGCGGCUCGUUUUACCGGGAGCCCAUCAUCCUGCCGUGCUCCCACAACAUUUGCUUGGCUUGCGCUCGGAAUAUUCUCGUGCAGACCCCCGACGCCGAGUCUCCGCAGAGCAGCCGAGCCUCCGGAUCCGGCGUGUCCGACUAUGAUUACCUGGAUUUGGAUAAAAUGAGUUUGUACAGCGAGGCGGACAGUGGCUACGGCUCCUACGGGGGCUUCGUCAGCGCUCCGACCACCCCUUGCCAAAAAUCGCCAAACGGUGUCCGGGUUUUCCCUCCGACUGUCCCUCAGCCUCCAGCCCAGCAGCAGCACCUUCUCCCGCAGCCCGGCUCCUUACCUCCGAUCCCCCGCAACUCCUGCAUCACCUGCCCUCAGUGUCACCGCAGCCUGAUCCUGGACGACCGGGGGCUCCGCGGAUUCCCCAAGAACCGGGUGCUGGAGGGGGUGGUGGACCGGUAUCAGCAGAGCAAGGCGGCCGCUCUCAAGUGUCAGCUGUGCGAGAAGAGCCCGAAGGAGGCCACGGUCAUGUGCGAGCAGUGCGACGUCUUCUACUGCGAUCCGUGCCGCCUGCGCUGCCACCCUCCCCGCGGUCCCCUCGCCAAGCAUCGCCUGGUGCCGCCGGCGCAGGGGCGGAUAAGCCGCCGCGCCAGUCCGCGCAAAAUCUCCACUUGCACAGAGCACGAACUGGAGAAUCUCAGCAUGUACUGUGUGCAGUGUAAGAUGCCGGUGUGCUAUCAGUGUUUGGAGGAAGGAAAACACGGAACACACGAGGUCAAAGCUUUGGGCGCAAUGUGGAAACUGCACAAGGGUCAGCUGUCUCAGGCUCUCAACGGCCUCUCGGACCGAGCCACCGAGGCCAAGGAGUUCCUGGUGCAGCUCAGAAACAUGGUGCAGCACAUCCAGGAGAACGGCGUGGAGUUCGAGGCCUGUCUGGUGGCUCAGUGCGACGCCCUCAUCGACGCCUUGAACCGACGCAAAGCCCAGCUGCUGGCUCGCGUAAACAAAGAGCACGAACACAAGCUGAAGGUUGUGCGGGAUCAGAUCUCCCACUGUACGGUGAAGCUGCGUCAGACCACAGGACUGAUGGAGUACUGUUUGGAGGUCAUCAAGGAAAAUGACCCCAGUGGUUUCCUGCAGAUCUCCGAUGCUUUGAUCCGGAGGGUCCACAUGACGGAAAGCCAGUGGGGGAAGGGAACGCUCACCCCGAGGAUGACCAGUGACUUUGACCUCACUCUGGACAGCGGACCACUCCUGCAGACCAUCCACCAGCUGGACUUUGUACAGAUGAAAGUCCCAGCUGCUCCGAUGCUCCAGCUGGAGGAAUGCUGCACUCAGAACAACAGCGCCACGUUGUCAUGGAAACAGCCGCCGCUCUCCACCAUCGCCGUGGACGGGUACAUCCUGGAGCUGGACGACGGGAACGGGGGUCCGUUCAGGGAAGUGUACGUGGGGACGGAGACCAUCUGCACGGUGGACGGACUCCACUUCCACAGCACGUACAAGUCCAGAGUGAAGGCCUUCAACGCCAGCGGAGUGGGCCAGUACAGCAAGACUCUGAUCAUGCAGACCUCUGAGAUUGCUUGGUUCACCUUCGACACGGCCUCCGCUCACCCCGACAUCAUCUUCUCCAACGACAACCUGACGGUGACGUGCAACAGCUAUGACGACCGGGUGGUCAUGGGAAACUCCGCCUUCUCCCGCGGCGUCCAUUACUGGGAAAUGACCGUCGAUCGCUAUGACAACCAUCCCGACCCGGCGUUUGGCAUCGCUCGGGCCGACGUGUUGAAGGACGUGAUGCUGGGGAAGGACGACAAGGCCUGGGCCAUGUACGUGGACAACAACCGCUCCUGGUUCAUGCACAACAACUCGCACACCAACAGGACGGACGGAGGCAUCGCUAAAGGAGCUACGAUUGGAGUCCUGCUGGACUUCACACGUGGGAUCGUCAUCUUCCUGGUCAACGAUGAGCAGCAGGGUCCGGUGGCGUUCGAAGGCCUGGAAGGAGCCUACUACCCCGCCAUCAGCCUCAACCGAAACGUCCAGGUGACGCUGCACACCGGCCUACCCAUCCCUGACUUCUACACCCCCGGGGAGGCAGAUCCGACCGGCUCCGUGUGCUAAAGACUCACCAGCACCUGCUUUAGGAAAACCUCUCCAGGAUUUCCCAGAG